UUCAGAAACAAGGCUUAGCUCAGCUUAGUCAUGCUUCUGCAGGAGGAAGGAAAGAGUUAAUAUCCUGAGGCACUCAGGAGUAAAGGUAUGACUUCUUUCAUUUCUGGGCGGUGUGCAGCAGUUGCAGCGAAAACACCCAGUAAAGCAACUGUCAGCGUUGUAGAAACAGCUCUGUGCACAGGAGAACUUACGAAAUGGCUUUCCCAAAAUCAAGCUCUCUGGAAAAGUUGCCGGAAAAGCUGGCGCUUGAAGACUCAGUUCCCAUGGCAAAUGCACAACCAAUCUGUGCAGCGUACGAAGGUGCAGAACUGAAAAAUGGAGUGGAACCUCUGUCAGAGCCUGAAAUGAAAGAUAUCUCUUGCAAUGGAACCAACCGUACAAGCAAUUUGACGGUAAAUGGAUCUGAGGAGGAGCCACCAGGCCUCAGUGGCUUGGUGAAGGAAGAGGACACAGCAGCUAAAGAAGAAGUUCUUUGUGAUUUCUGCUUGGGUGACACGAGCCCGGCAGUGAAGUCGUGCUUGACCUGCAUGGUCAAUUAUUGUCAGGACCAUUUGCGCCCACACGUGGAGAUUGCCAAACUGCAGACUCAUAAGCUCCGGGACCCGCUGAAGGACAUUGACAUGCAGAGUUGUGAAGCCCACAAGAGCCAUCUGAACUGGUUCUGCCACAAUGAUCUUGCAUGUUUCUGUGAGGAGUGCCUUGCUGAUGGACAUCAAGGGCACAAGACUGUGACCUGUGCAGUUGCCAGGAAAGAAAAAGAGUGUGAACUUCUUCAGAUCCAAACAGAAUAUGACUGGAAACUGAAGUCAGCUGAAAAUGCCAUUGACAAACUGCAAAAGAAUUCCAAGUCCAUUGUGAGUUCGGUGUCUGAAGUGAAAGCCGUGGUAGAAAGGCAAUUUGAAGAGUUGGCGCAAGCAGUCAAGAAGGCCCACUCUGAUGUGCUAGCUUUCCUUGAAGAGAAGGAGCAUGCCGCAGUCAAUCAUGCCAACGGUAUAAAGAUCCACCUUGAAAACAAGCGAAUAGCAAUGGAAGAAUGUAAGAACAGGCUGGAGAAGAUGGCCACUCACACCAAUGACAUCCUCUUUCUAAAGGAAUACUGUGAAUUCAAAAAGAGUGCAGGAGACGACACAUUGCCCAGUGUCUAUAUUGGCUUAAAAGAUAAGUUAUCAGGGAUCCAAAAGAUUGUCUCAGAUGCCACUGAACAUCUUUUACAACUUUUACAAACUAACUACAAUGAUAAAUUGCAAGAGUUUGCCAAAGAUGGGGAUGCUGGUAUCAAAACGACGGUGUCUGCAAUUGUCCCAUCCAAGCAUCGCCUGUCAGCUCCAGAACCCAAGAGCAGGAGUGACUUCCUUAAAUAUACCUUUCCAUUAACAUUUGACCCAGUUACAGCUCAUCGGUAUUUGAGGCUGUUGGAUGACAACCACAAAGUCACCAACACAGCUCCCUGGGAACACCAGUACCCAGAUCAUCCGGAGCGAUUUCAGCACUGGCGCCAAGUUCUAUCGGACAACAGCUUGUAUAUUGGACGCUACUACUUUGAAGCUGAGAUAUCAGGGGCUGGCAUUUAUAUUGGCAUGACGUACAAGAGCAUUGACCGCAAAGGUUCUGAAAGCAACAGCUGUAUCUCAGGGAAUAACUUCUCCUGGUGUCUUAAGUGGAAUGGCAAGGAGUUCUCAGCCUGGCACAGUGAUAUGGAGAUGCCAUUGAAAACCCUGGGAUUUGGCAGGAUAGGGGUCUAUUUGGAUUACCCCAGAGGCACCCUUUCUUUUUACAGCAUCACUUUGAAUGCCAUGACUCUCCUGCAUAAAUUUGAGUGCAAGUUUGCUGAACCACUUUACCCUGCCUUCUGGUUACCAAAGAAGGAAAACUGCGUGCGAAUUGUCAACUUACAGGAAGAAGCUGAACAAAAACCAGUACUUUCUACUCCCUGAAGAGAAGCAGUGGCAAGUACAAAGUCUGUCGAUUCAUAAUGGAGCCAGUGAUUGGAUGGCUUGAUCAUGGGAAACAUUUACUGGAUGUAGAUCAGUUUGUACAAGCCUAUCAUUGAGUGUAUUAUAUAUUAACAUACGAUUUAAUUGCUUAUUAGCACCUUAAAAAAAUGACCGAGCAACAAAACAAAAACAGUUUAAAUUAUAAGGAUGUAAUUUUUCUUCAUAAUUGGUUUCCUUCUGAAGAAAGUAUGUUUGAUCCUUAGAAUGCCUUAGAAAAAUUGUUAUAACUUGGCUUGGAGAGAAAAUUACUGUUAGAACAAAACAGCUUGUUCCAUUAUGUAGAUUCAAUUCACAUUCUGCACAAUAAGUCUUUCUUCUGUUAUAGUCAAAAACAGAACUCGUUACUGCUUGCUCAGAUGUAGGCUCAGACAUAGGCUAGAGAGGACACACACUUUCUUAUAGGAUGCUCUAUGCCAGGGGUAGGGCCAUGCCAGGGGUAGGGCCAAUUGGCCAUGCUGACAGAGGCUGAUGGGAAUUGUAGUUCCUGAACAUCUGGAGAGCCGCAGGUUCCCUACCCCUGCUCUAUGCCUAGCUAAUCCCAUCUGAAGCAUUUCACCAUUGAACAGAUUUCAGUGUUCAUGGUUCCUGUGCUUAACAGAUUGUUCCUGCUAAGCCUGAAAUGGAUUCUGUAAAACUUGGGAAAGCAGCAUCCUUGCU